AUGGACUUUACGUCCGUGCCAUUCCAAGAAUUACUUGUCCGUAAUGCAGAAGAUAAACAGCUACUCAACUUUCUAUCACACCUUGAUAAACAAUACACAGAAGCACAGGACGAAAAGGUUCGUUUCGGCACAUUACAGAUCUUGAUCCCGGUUUAUAAAGCCUACUUGAACCGAUUACAAGAUAUUGACGAAGGGAAUCGUGUUUUGGAGACAUAUUUAAAACCCUGGAUAUUGACAAGUCUUUCACAUGAAUCAACCGUGUCAACAGAGAGUGUUCACUUAUUGGAAAAUGCCGUCGCAUUUUUUAUUGUCAAAUCAUUUUUGACAGGAUAUCAAUUUGGCAAGGACACCAUCUUGAUGCUUCUUUCUCAAUUAGUGUCGAUCAUGACCAUCGAGCCUGAUUUUGUUGAUUUAAAACCGAUUGAAUUUAUCGAGACAUGUGUUGAUAAACUAGAAUGCAGUGAACAGUGGCAGCAAGUUCAACAGCACAAGGACAAUUCUAUAGAACUUGAGUGCUGUUUGAACAUACUCAACUACUUUAUACGAGAUCUAAAUGAAAAUGAACAACUAAAGACAAUGGGCGCUAAUGAUAUGGAUCAUUGGAUAGAGUUAAUCUUUAGUAUUGCAACGGCCAUGAUUCCGUGUACAGAUGCUACCGUACGAAGCAAAUUAGCACAUGAUCUAUUGCCAAAUUUACUCCGUUGGAAGCAACAUAACAAAGAUUUCGGAAAGCAAAUCUAUUGGUGUGAGGCAAGUACUAUGGCAUGA